AUGGAGCUCCGGACUGUCCUCGUCGCCCUUUCGUUGCUCAGCUCCGCCGUUGCCGAUGAAGAAUCCUGUGUCGGUCGCUGUGAUCUGGGCUUCCAGUUGGGAGUGAAGUGUCAGUGUGACGCUCUGUGCGGUUUCUACUCCAGCUGCUGUCGGGAUUAUCACUCCGUCUGUAUAAAAACCCGCGGAGAUGAGUUUGCUUUCCCGGAGGACGAAAUUGAUGAAAUUGAUGAAAUCUUCAGGAAUGGGACUGAUUUUUAUCCCGAACUGGAACCAGGGCCAAGCUUGGAACCGGAGCCAAACCCGGAAUCGGAACCCAGUGUGGAACCGGAGCUGAGCCCGGAAUCGGAACCCAGUGUGGAACCGGAGCUGCUCCCGGAAUCGGAACCCAGUGUGGAACCGGAGCUGCGCCCGGAAUCGGAACCCAGUGUGGAACCGGAGCUGCGCCCGGAAUCGGAACCCAGUGUGGAACCGGAGCCGAGCAUGGAACCGGGACCGGAACCAGAACCAGUAAAUGUGUGCGUCGGUAAUAGCUCAUUUGAUGCGUUCACUGAUUUGAAGAAUGGAUCCAUCUUCGCUUUUCAGGGGAAGUACUUUUAUGAGUUGACUAACAAAGGUGUAGCUGAUGGAUAUCCUAAGCUGAUUCACGAUGUGUGGGGAGUGCACGGCCCCAUCGAUGCUGCCUUCACACGAAUAAACUGCGAGGGAAAGACGUAUCUGUUCAAGGGUGAGUUUUACUGGCGUUUCCACAAUGGCGUCAUGGAGGCCGGUUUCCCGAGGCUGAUCAGGGAUGGUUUUCGCCAAAUUCCGGACAAUGUUGACGCCGCAUUGGCACUGCCGGCAUCUGGCAUCCGCGGGAAAGAGCGAGUCUACUUCUUCAAGGGCCGUGACUAUUGGAAGUACGUCUUUAGACGCCAGCCCAGCCAAGAGGAGUGCGCACGUGUUUCCAUCUCGGUCCCCUUUCGGAGAUACAGCCAAUUCAUGCUUCUCGACUGGGAGGUGGACUUCUUCACCGAGCUCUUUGGAUCACCUUGGAGAGCUGGGACCUUCGGGCCGUUCCGCACCGCUCGUCACUGGGGUGGGCUUCCUGCCCGGAUAGAUUCGGCGAUGAUCGGGAAGCUCUUCACGAUCCGUAGGCUGAUUGAGCGGCACCACGGGAGGAAGCCGUUCUGGAACCGCAGGAAGAAGAACCGGCGGGGCAGGAAACGAUGGCCGAAGGCCUCGUGGUGGGGGCAAUCAUCGAGCGACGAAGACGACAGCUACAUCUUUAUGCCCAGCCAGAGUGUCUACUUCUUCUCCGGAGGGGACUAUUACCGGGUUGACCUGGAGACCAAGAGGGUGGCGUUUGCUCGGCCCGCGUACCCACGGUCCACCGCCAAGUACUGGUUCAAGUGCAAGGACGCUUUCGAUUAAGGACGGCCGUGGACAGCAGCGGCACA